CACGUGACGUAUCAAACCGCGCUUGACGGCGAGUUACGCGCGUUGAUGACGACACAGCUUACCAAAUACAUCCUCUUCAUGCGUGGCCAGAUCCCGUGCCUUUACGACGAGUUGCUGCAGUUCAUUGAGAAUCGUCAGCUGCAGCUGCAACAGGAAGAGACGGGAACACAAACGCGGAGAAGGCUGCCCAUGAGUGGAGGUAUCAAGAAGGCGAUGAAAUGUGUGGAUGCUGCUGAGCUGCUGUUCAAUGAACAACUGGACGCAAUUUUCUCUCUGAGAGUAAAGAGAGUUUUGUUGGUGUUUGGAGCGUCGAUGAUGAGUCCACGGGAGGCUGUCGUUGUAGAUUUUGACGAGGCUGACGUCAAGGCGGUGGAUGCGGGAUUGACGACGCGCUCUAUUCCAUAUUCACCGCUUACAGACGAGGAAGAUAUGUCACUAGAAGACUCACAAACACUGACGCCACCUUCGCCGCCGCUUACGAGAGAGAAGCUGAUGCGGUUGUGUUCUCAGAAACUCAUGCGUGCAGUGUUCUCCCAUGCAGUUGAGCAAUUCUCUAGUGUGUUGACGGCAACAAAGCUGCACAUCGCGGUAUUAGCAGAGCGGCAGUCUACACGUAUCCCAGGAUUCGUUCCGAAGCAACACUUCAAGCUUCGCCUUCCGAAGGAUAAACGUGGUGUACGGACGCACCAUAUCGUGAUAAGUGAUGAUGCGGCCAGUAAACCGCAACACGACUGUCAACAGUCAGCUUCGCAACAAGUCUCGAGCGAUAUAGAAGAAGGAUCACGCCAGGCAUCAGCUACAGCUACAGCCAGCGACCCAAACUUGAUGUGGUAUGUGCGGGAAAACCCCAUUCCCGGCUUCUCGGAGGUUCUCAACACGCUGUAAACUUUUAUUUUGAAGUCG